CUGUUCGAUAUUUUUUAACAGUUUCCAACACUUCAAUGGGAUAAAAAGUCACAGGAUUAUAUUUUGGCUUCAUUUGGGUUGGGAUACGUAAUCCUUCAGAUACCAGCAGGCCAAAUCGUUCACCGGUUUGGUACGCGGUACCUUCUUACUGGCGCGUUGGUCAUAAAUGGAUUAAUUUCUUUUUUCACUCCAUGGGCGGCUUAUCACGCAGGUUGGAUAUUUGUCAUGGUUCUCCGGAUGAUUCAAGGCUUAGGCCAGUCUUGUUUCGUAGCAGGUAUGCACAGGGCAUUUGGAAAAUGGGCACCGUUAGAAGAAAGAAGCCAAUUGACUGCGUUUGCAUAUGGAGGGCAACCUUUAGGUACCGUUGUGGGGCUGCUAUUGACAGGCUAUUUAGCAGCUUCGCCUGUUGGAUGGCCGGGAGUUUUCCGCUUUUAUGGGCUUUUAUCACUGUUCGUCGCGAUCAUUUUCUGCCUCCUAGGAGCUGACUCACCGGGACAACAUCCGCGAAUUUCUGUUGCUGAGAGACAAUACAUCGAAGAGUCUCUGAGAAAUACUGAGGAAAAAAGAAAGAAACAUCUCAAAGUUCCUUGGAAAAAGUUACUAUGCUGUAGAGGGGUGAUCGCUGUCGCAAUAGCCCAUGUCGGCCAGGGGUGGUUUCAGAUAACAAUGUACUCCGAGAUUCCUUCCUUUAUGGACAAAGUAAUGGAGGUUGAUAUAAAAAUUAACGGCCUUCUGACAGCAUUACCUUUCCUUGUUAUGUGGUUUACCAACUUUUUCUUUAGUUGGUUCAUCGAUAUGAUUAUUGCCAAGAAGUGGCUCUCUGUCACCAAUGCUAGAAAAUUAGCUCAAAGUAUAGGUACUAUACCAACGAUAUUAGGACUAUUGUCUCUCGCCUACGUGAAGAAAGACAUUGUUGUCGUGGAGACGAUUCUUAUCAUCACUUGCGCUUGUGAGCCGGCAGUGUUUUCGGGAUUUUUCGUAAACGUCAUCGAUUUAGCUCCAAACUUUGCUGGCACUAUUAUAAGCAUUAGCAACUUUACAACACAAGUAUUUGGCUCCAUGGCACCUGUAGUCGCUGGAUUCGUACUUAAUGAGGACGUUACAAGCCAGCAUCUUUGGGCGAAGUUAUUUUUCAUAGUAAGUGGGGUUUAUUUGGUAACUUAUUUGAUAUACGUCUCAAUUGGCUCAGCUGAAGUUCAAAAAUGGAAUGACCCUGAAGAAGAAACGAGAAAAAAUGUAGUGACAGGAGAAGAAAAUCCAAUGCUACAUACUACAUGAUUUAAUUAUUUCAAAAU